GAAGACGGAAGCAGAUCGGUCGCGGUUUGUGAGUGAUUCAAUUACAACAAAUUGUGUGUUACCAAAUAAAUUAAACAUACGUUUUAAUCAGUAUUUAGGCUAGAUAGUAACAUUGUGCAACAAGCGUUAUACAGUAUCACAGAUCAGUCACAUAAGAUAGUUUCUGGAUAUUUUUCGGACAGUGAAGAGCGCAUGCCUCCAUGGCCACAAGGUGUUUCUGUCCAGGUGGAGCAUCUGAAAAUUAGCCAUCUUCACUGUUGCAAUCAGAACUGAGGUGAUCUGCGGAAGUCCAUAUGUCGUCAUAAUUUACCUGCUUAUUCUGUCAAUGGUUAUAGUAGGUACCAUGUCAGACUUCACCAUCGAUAUCCAGCUGACAGAACUAGGGUUCCCUGACAUCUUGCAGCCCAGAGAAACAACCUGUGUGAAGGAGACACCAUCGCCUUCGGCCUCUAACAAUAUCUCCCCUGGAUCCCUGGCUAACCUCCAAACCCCCAGUUCCUCACUGCCUCCUGCUGCACUCACCCCCACAGCUGUGGACCCAGAACUGGUCAGUGUAGAUCAGCUGGUUUCUGUAGACUCACAGACUGCUUCUACAGUUCAGCAGGUUGCCUCACAGACUGUCCCUCACAUUACAGUAACCCCAAAUCCCUCUGGGCCCCCUGAGACACUGACAAUACUCUGCCCACCCCCUCCUUCUACACACAAACCCGUGGCAGUGCCACACACGUCACGGCCUGUUAGUCCCAUAUUGCUACCCAAGAGUUUAGUAAGUGGUCAAAGCAAUAGCCUUCACCAAAACCCCAAAAUAACUAAAACUGUCCUGAUAUCUGUGUCUCGUGUUGGAGCUGGUACUGUGUUGACUACUGUACCAGCUACUUCCACUCCCCCUGUUGAACACUUAAGAACCAUUAAGAAUGAUUCCGAGCUGCCGCUGGCAGACCAGACUGCAAUGUUUCAGACCACUCCAAAACCUGUAAACACAGGGAAGCUAGGAAGGGCGGUCACUGAUAAAGCUGAGGAAGAAGAACCUGGUGAAAAAAUUGGAGGGAAAGGUGUUUUCGAUGAUGGGAAAGUGCAAGGACCGAAAGAGAAAGUAGCAGAAGUUGCAAAGAGUUUAGAGGAGGAUUCUGAGGAAACGGAUGACAGUGAGGUUUCUGAGAAUGAGGAUGAUGACGAAGAGGAAGAGGAGGAGGAGGAACUGGACCCAGAAGCAGAGCCUGGAGGUUCAGGCGAACACCGCUGUAGCGUCUGUGACCUCGUCCUUUCCUCCAGCUUCCAGCUCCAGGAGCACAUGAACCUGCACACAGGGGCACGCCCCUACUGCUGUGCCGAGUGUGGCAAGCGCUUCUGUCAGCUGGCCAACUACCGCUCCCACCUGCGGACGCACGCCCAGCCCCAGACCUCAGUCCCACCCGUACAGCUCCGCUGCCGUGUUUGCCUGAAGGGCUUCGAUUCUGAGCAGGGUUUGAAGGACCACCUAGCCAAGUCCCACUUUGAGAAGGAGUUCUAUGAGUGUGACGCAUGCAAGCGCAUCUUCACCUGCCUGACCAAGUGUGAGGAGCACCUGGAGGAGCACAAGCGCGAGCUGGCGGACCACGUGUGUCUGCAGUGCUGCCGCCGCUUCCGCCUGCGCCGCUCUCUCCGCCGCCACAAGGAGCGGGGCUGUGUCCGCAGCUAUCGCUGCACKGACUGCCCCAUGAACUUCAGCCGCAAGAAUGCCCUCCUCAAGCACAGCUUCUCCCACCUGGGCCUGCUGCCUUACACCUGCAUCCAGUGCCGCGCACAUUUCCGCCUGGCCAGGCUCUAUCGUAAGCACGAYUGUGAGCCGGAGCGYCUCCACUGCGUGGCAUGCCUGGGCGUCUUCCAGAGCCACAACGACUUCCAGAGGCACAAGAGGGAGACGGGCUGCUGGGGCCAGCAGGGGACCAAGGGGGAUGAGAUCCGCUGUAUGGAGUGUGGCCAGGCCUUCUCCACGGCUGACGAGCUGAAGAAUCACGCCGGGGCCCACCAGAGGGUGAUGACCUGCUCCGAGUGCGGCAAGGGCUUCCGCUCGGCCUUGAUGCUGAUGUCACACAUGGGGGGCCACGCAGGGUCGAGGCCCUGUCUGUGUAAGAACUGUGGCCUGGGCUUCCCUCACCAGCAGGGUUACGAGAGCCACCUCAAGGACUGUGGACGCAAACCCCCUCCUGUGAUGGCUCCAAAGAAACCACGGAAGGACGCCCCUGCUGCUCCUUCCAAACCGCUAGCCCAGCUCGCUCCAAGUUAUCUCCCUGUCUCUGCUCCUGUGAAGAAACCAGAGAGACAAGCGUCAGCACCACUUCAUACUCUGGUGAGAAUGCCAGGCUCUGCCCCUGCCAGAGUCACUAUGGGAGUCCCUGCUUCUACCCCAGUGAGAAUGCCAGGCUCUGCCCCUGCCAGAGUCACUAUGGGAGUCCCUGCUUCUACCCCAGUGAGAAUACCAGGCUCUGCCCCUGCCAGAGUCACUAUGGGAGUCCCUGCUUCUACCCCAGUGAGAAUGCCAGGCUCUGCCCCUGCCGGAGUCACAAUGGGAAUCCCUAACACCACUGCUGUCCGUGUGGUGAGCCCUGACCAACCCACCAAGGGGCUGUGGAAGCUCAGCCUGGACAAACAGCCUCCUCCUGGGGUGUCCUUGGUCAUGUUUGUCCCUGCCAACACCCCUCUGGCCUCUGGCCUCUCUGGCCCAUCCUCCACCCCCCAGCUCCCAGCCCUCUCAGGCACACAGCCCCAAUGGAAGGUAUUCAACCCAGCACCAAAUCCAGGAGCCCCUCCUCCGGUGCUGUGCCAGUCCAGGUUCACCUCUGAGCCAGGCCUGAGCCUGCGCUACUCCUCUGAUGCCCCGCUGGAUCUGGCCUUAAAGACCGCUGACUACGAACAGGAGCCUGCUAAUAUACUACCUCUUGAUCUGUCUAACAAGUCGACUUGCUCCACUCCUCCUGCUAACCUUGUAGUCAAGACUGAACCGAGAGACCCUGGGUUUGCAGAGGAGACUGAGGAAGAAGUAUUCACAAGUUUAACAGGUGAUAAAAAGGGGAUAGUCUUUCAGAGUAAGAGGGAGCCAGGGGAGGAUUCUAAAAUGGAGGCUAUGGCUCAGAAUGGGGGAAAUGGAGAAGGGAGUGGAGAUGAAGACAGGCAAAAUGACAGCAGAGAUGAUGGAACAGCUCAGUCUCAAAUGAAGAAGGCAGCAAAGCCGGGAGUCCCGUCAACACUGCGGCUCCUGACCGUCAAACAGAAGAACACUGCCAAAGUGGAUCCAGUGAAUCAGCUGAAAAUCGAGUCAGUCAGCUCUUUGCACUCCAAAAUGCUUCGGGGCUUAGUCCAUAUAAAGCAGGAACCACUGUCUCUAGAGGCCGACAGUGGAACACAGAGCUCAGACUUCUGUUGGUCCAGCCCGCUGAUAGCAUUGAAGAGGAAGAUGGAGCCAGACGUGGGGCUAGACUUGAGAUGGGAUGGGGGCACCCCAGGCUGUGUGCUCGACUUGAGGUUGAAUGGAGGGAACCCAGCCAAUCGUGAUGCAGAGGAGAGGAACAUGGAAGGAGACCGUGUAGAGGAGGAGCUUGAGGGUGGCGAGAAGGAUGGAGCAACAGAGGAGAGGAAAGCGGAUAAGGAUGGAUCGGAGGAGAGGAAAGAGCAGAAGGAUGGAUCGGAGCAGAGGAAAGUGGAUAAGGAAGGAUCGAAGGAGAAGGAUGGAAUGGAGGAGAGGAAAGGGGAGGAGGAUGGAACGGAGGAGACUGACGCCCCUGUUGAUGAACCCACAGCCCAUAACCCAGAGAUACAGUUCCCCUCCUCUCGAAUCCCCUCUCCUCCCUCCUCACCACCAUGUAAAAGACGAAGGUCACUAAGGACAAGGGAAAAGCCUAGAGCCCUACGUGACUGUUUAUUAUAAGGGCAGUACUUUAGACAGAGUGAAAAAGGGGAUUGCUGACAACAAUGUUAAUUAGGCUGCCUUUUAAUGGCCCGAGAAACAGAGGAAAACAUAAUCAAGCCUACUGUAAAACAAUUCAUACUAGGCUUGUUAUUAAAGCAUAAUAG